AUGGCAAACGUUUCUCAGGAGACCGAGAAGUUAGUGUUGAGCUCGAGAGCCAGUCAUGCAUCAGCUCGAAAGGUUGUGUGCAAGAAAUGGAGCUCCAUCACCGACGUGGUCCAUCAAGCGAUAUCUUGGUUCGUGAUCACUGUAUCCCUCAUUUCGGCACGCAAUCCCAAACAAACCAUUGGGAUCACAACCGUGGCUGCCUUUACGUUGAUUGCAACCGGUUUCUUUACCAACUUCAACCUGCAAGUGGACUACGAAGUUGUGUACGCCCCGUUUGGUAGCCAACCCAUUUCGCAUAAGGAUUGGAUUGACAACGAGUCGGGAUUUCCAGAAAGCCCACGACCAAUGACCUUCGUCAUUCACAAUCAAGGGGAAAAUGUCUUGGGUCGAGAGCAAGUGGAUUUGCUCUUUGAAGCCCUGGAUACUGUGCGGGACACACCAGGAUAUCAUGAGAUUUGUCAAGCAAGUAACUACAAGAAUACAAACGGAGAGCCUGACUGUAAACUUUUUGGUGCAACACGCUUUUGGGGACACUCGCACGAAAGGUUUCAGCAAGAGAUCCACUCCGAUGAAGAAGCCAUUCAGGCCCUGUCAGCAGCAACGUACCCAGGAGGAACACCGGCGUACACAGAGUUUCUCUUUGGAUAUUCCAAGCGAGAAGGACUUCUUGUGGAUGAAGGGGGAAAUCACAACGGGGCCAGGCUCGAAUCAGCCAAGUCUUUCUACCUAAGAAUCGAUAUUCCAGAUGCCGACGGGGCGGAUGAAUUUGAAAUCGAGGUGCUGGAUAGACUGAUGGCGCUGCAACAAAAGUGGGAAAACGACCCUGAUAUCCCUCUUCACCUCUCUUAUUUUACUCUUCUCUCCUACGAGCUUGAGUUCGAGCGAGCCAUAAACAAGGACCUCAUUCUAGUGCCACUUGUGGUCAUCAUUAUGUCGACGUUCACAUGUCUUGUCUUCUACAAGGGCGACCGUGUACAAUCUCGAAGCCUCUUGGGACUGUGUUCGGUUGCAGCGGUGGGGCUCAGCUUGAUGUGCGGCUAUGGACUUAUGUUUCUUUGCGGGGUUCCUUUCACUUCAAUGUCGCAGAUACUGCCGUUCGUUGUAUUUGGUGUUGGGCUAGAUGACACGUUUAUUAUAACAGGUGCAUAUUUCCGAACGAACCCCCAAAAGGAUACCGUUCUUCGAAUUGAAGAGACUAUGAGAGCUGUUGGGGGCAGUAUCAGUUUGACCACUAUUACGACAAUGAGUGCCUUCAUGCUGGGCUGCAUGUCGAGUAUUCCUGCCAUCCGCUGGGUCUGUAUCUAUGCAUUCCCUACCAUGUUCAUUGUCUUCAUCUACCAGAUCACUUUCUUCAUUGGUUGUCUAGUUCUUGAUGAGAAAAGGGUCAAGGCAAACAGGACAGACAUCUGUUUUAGCUUUGUAGUGAUUGAGGAGAACAGCGAAGCUGACCCUGAAGAUUGCCAGGACAACGACGGAAGCCGCCCGAACCAAGCCUCGGAGGGAUGCGGCGACGUCGAAGCAAAGGGUCUUGGCUUAGCAGAACGCUUCAUGCAUUGGUACUCGGGGAAACUCAUGCAACCUCGCGUGAAGGCUCUCGUGCUUGGGACCUUCCUCGCUUAUUUUGGGUUCUGUGCUUAUCGCACGACCCUUCUAUCCCAAAGGUUUCGGAAUCAAGACUUUGUCCCGAAGGACUCCUAUGUAAGCGACUUCCUGGAUGCCCUCGACACCUAUAGCGAGCAGGUUAUGGGUAUCAACGUCUAUUUCACAGGUGUAAAUCAGUCUGACCCAGACGUUCAAUGGGAGAUGAUCGAGUACAUGCAAGACCUGAUAGCAAUGCCAGCUGUGAAUCGGACGCCCUCGCCAUUCUGUUGGAUUAUUGAUUUUGAAGCACGAAAGAACACCCCAGAAUUCCAGCUAAUCAACGACAUGUCGUUCUCUGAUCAAGUUUCGCUCGCCCUGAACCAUCCUGUAAUCAAAGAAGCAUACGGAGAUGAUAUUGUACAGGAUGAGAACGGAACAAUUAUCGCAUCCAGAUGCUGGCUGAACCCGAAGUACUUGGAUCUGGAUUCUGUUAGCCAGCAGAUUGAUCUCCUCAAUGAUCAAAGAGCUGUUUCCUCCGCACAACCAGCGAACAAAGGAAGUUUGGACAACAUGAAAUUCUUCACUUAUAGCAACUUAUACUUCAUCUGGGAGCUCUACUCAGUUGCUGUGAAUGAGCUUGUGUUCACCACAAUCUCAGGAAUAGUUGCAGUCUCUGUCAUUGGUUUCUUCCUAAUUGAGCACUGGUCAGCCACAGCAUUUGUGCUGCCAAUGAUAUUGAUGCUCUAUGUGGACCUUCUUGGUACACUGCAACUAGCAGGUCUCUACAUCAAUGUUGUCACGUAUGUCUGCAUGGUUAUCUCCAUUGGUCUACUCGUGGACUUCCUAAUGCACAUAGUGCUGAAAUUCUAUGAAUCUGAUGGGGCAAGCCGUGAAGCAAAGGUCAAAGAAACCCUCCACACCAUGGGAGCAAGCAUUCUGGUGGGAGGUCUCUCUACAUCCCUCGGUGUGUUGCCAUUGGCAUUCAGCACUAGUGCCAUCUUGAGGACGGUUUUCACUGCUUUCUUUGCCAUGGUGGCACUUGGUCUUACCCAUGGCCUGAUCUUUCUGCCAGUUGUGCUUUCAAUGUGGGGACCCACUGUUUGCAUUGUGCCACACACUGCAGAUAACGCCAGUGCCAAUUCUGAAGCUGUUCAUGUGGAGUUUGAUGCUGACAUUGAGAAGAACUUUGAUGACAUGGACCUGAAAAAGAAAAAGGCUGACCUUGCGUCUUGUGCUGAAAGUAUCACUUCUGAUAUUGUUUCAAUCUCAGAGAACAGUGAAAGUGCUGAGAUUGAAAUGGCGGAUAGUGAGACUUGUACUGCACUAGCCUCUGACAACACAAAUCCUCAUUACAGUGAUGAGAGCAAGGUAGACGCAUCAUCAGAAAGCAACGGUGAUGAGAACAAUGCAUGCGCAACACUAUCUGAUGCUGAAAACGACAAUAGCCAUGGUGAAGAAUUGGGAGAAACUCAAGCAACUCUUUCGUCAAUCCCCACUAAAAGCAACGAGGCAGACCCUGCAACAUCGGAACUUGAAACCAACAUGUCAGAGGCUCCUGUUAUUGAAUCCACCAACAGCAGUGAAGAAACAAACAUGGACCUUGCAACACCUGUUCCUGAAAGGAUUGAUGUCGAUGCCAACUCCCUCACUGUACAUGACAGCAAGAUUAGUAGUUUUGAAGGAACUGUUGACCUUGAAUCACCUGCAGCUCAACCUGACUCUUCUGAUACCACGCUCCAUCCCCAGACUAUGGCUGAAGAAGACAAACUGAGUGGCACACCAUCCACCACCGAAAACACCACAUCUAGUACUGCUCCACAUUCCCAAUCUGCUGUCACUGGCAGCAAGGAUGAGGAGGACAUAAUGAAUGACACAUCAUCUGCACCUGAAGACAACUCUGAUAUCUCCCCUCCCUCCCAGAGUGCUGCCACAAGCAGCAAACGUGAGGAGAAGACGAAUGAUACAUCUUUGGCUGAAGACUCCUCCUCUGCUCCUCCACCUUCCCAUUCCAUCAGCAGCAGCAGCAAUAAUGAGGAGAAUAAGAUGAAUGACAAUUGCUUGGCUGCAGACAACUCAAGUAUUGUACCUUCAUCCCAAAACACUAUGGCCAGUAACAAGGAUGAGGCAUACAAGAUCAAUGAAACAUCCUCCAUGUCAUUGGCCCACAAAGACUCCACUGAUACAACUGCAACCAUCACAGAUCCGAGCAAUGAAGAGAACCAGACCAAUUGCGCAGAAUCUGUAGCUGGCAGCAACACUGGUAAUGCCACUGCUCCUCCGAAUAACACUACCGCAACAACCAACAAAGAUCAAGAUCAGAUGACCAGCACAGCAGCUCUAGCUGACAGCAACACUGGUGAUGCCACUUCCCCUCUGCAUGCCACUACCACAUCAACCAACAACGAUGAAGCUCAGAUGAACAACACAGAAUCUGGAGCAGACAGCAACACUUCAGAUACCACCUCUCACGACCAAACCAGGGACAACAAUGAGGACAAGCUAGACCUUGCACCAAACAUGACUGAAAGCAGCACUUUGGACAUGACCUCACCCACACAACCCGGCAGCAACACUGGUGAAGAUCAACAUGAGAUGGCCCUGACAUUAUCACCUCCAAAUGACACCAAUAUUGCUUCCAAAGAUUCUGUCUCCUCCAAUAAUAGCACCGACGACAACAUGGAAUAG